AUGACUUCGGUGGAGCUUCCACACGGAAAUGAUCUGUGGAGAGUUUUGCAAAAUAAUUUGCGGAAGGUGAACUUUAGCUGGACUGAGGCUAAAGAGACUUGGGUUCAAAUCCAAGCGGCAAUCUGGCACACACUUACUCGGGAGUAAUUCCCAUUGAACUCGGUGGGGCUUGCUUCUGAUUGCAAUGUUUAAGUCAGAAAGCCCACUGGCGGUGCAGUCCUAAGCAUGUCUACUCAGAAGUAGGGCUCCAAGGAUUUCAUUGGGAGAGACUGUGGCCCAAAAUGCUUUUAGACCGAUCACUGUUCUCCAAUCUGCCUCCCAGGGUUGUUCUGGACUUCUGGGUGAAAAUGUGGGGUAAAAAUGCUACAUAUGCUAGGCAUCGUUGAAGUUGGAAGAGAUAUAAAAUAAAUAAAGGGUGAAGUGAUAACUUUGGAGAAAGUGGGGCAGCAUCUGAUGAAAUGAGAAUGUGAACGUAAAGCUUAGCCAGAGCUGUUCAUCGAAACCUUAUCUCAAAUCUUUCCAAGAACAGUAUGCUUGUCCUAAGAGUGGCACAGUCAAUCCAGGACUUAAUUUGGAUGAUCUUGCAGAAUCUGGGUAGCGCCAAUGAUUGUUUUCAUGUUCAUCUGAGGUUGGCUGGGGUGGUUAUGGUGUGGGUGAACCCUUUUAUAGUCUCGUAUCCUGACUUCAUGUUUUUAACACUGGCUGGGGUGUGUGUGUUUUUAUUGUUCUGUUAUUGCUCUGGCUGUAAAUCACUUUGGGACCUUUUGUAGUGAGAAGCCAUAUACAAAUUUAAUAAACUCAAACCUGCUUCAAAAUGUGAUGAGCCCUCCAUGAUGCAUGGGGGAGGGACCCUGAUACACGUUUUGCUACAUUUUGCCCCAAAGUCCUGCCUUGAUGACGGCACCUGCAUACCCAGGGAAGCUGGGCCAGUAAAAGGAAUGGCUUAUCAUUGAUCUUCAGUGGGUGUGUUGUGACCUACAACUGAACUGUAGUCUACUCUAGAGGCGACAUGCCAGCGAUACCUUUUUAAGAGAAGGGAAAAGAUGGAGAUUAGGAGAAAGGGGAGGUGAAGAGAAAACUCAGCCAUGAAGCUCAUAGGGUGACGUCUGUCCAGUCAUUCCCUCUCAGCCCAACCAGGGUUGUUGCAGGAAUUAAAUGAGGAGGUUAUGCCACUUUCAGCUCCUUGGAGAAAAAGGUAGGAUAUAAUAAUAAUAAUAAUAAUAAUAAUAAUAAUAAUAAUAGAACAGAGGCAGGAGAUGAAUGGGUGUAAAGAAUCAAAGAUUCUAGGUACAUCCCAUAUGCACUUUAUAUCUCAGCAUCUCAUUUUAUGAUUAUGCCCUGACUGGGACAAUAAAAGGGUAUUGCCACCACAGGAAACUAGAACUGCAACUGGAAAACACCAACAACCAUUUCUGUUAUUUGCUCUCAUUCAGACUUCACAAGCUUAUCUAAAAUAUGGAUGAUGUUCUGUCAAGUGAUCUAUAGGACUAGAUCAUUAAAUAGGACUAUAGCUAUAUCAUUUUGGUGGUGGUGCUGUUGUUGUGGGGAAUUGCCCCAGGCCUCACACAUGGAGGGGGGUCACAUCAAAACUGACAAUCAACAUUAAUAAGUAGGCAUUAACCUAUGGCAAACCUAGUAAAGGCCCACAGGGAAGUGGGGGCAAAGGAUAUAUAAUGGCCCAUAGGGAUGUAACUACAAAUUGUAUUUGUUAGAAUAGCCAAAUCUCUUUUAAACUGGCAUGAUACAUCAGAGGCUAAAAUUUUGAUAUUUCCCGCUGAGUUGUAUGGACAAAUUAAUGUUUUUGCUUAAUUUUACUUUAGACUCCCUUUCUCUACAAGAUGAAGAGGGGGUUGUUCCGUUCUAUUAACAUGGAAUUAAUAGAAAAUAAAUAUUUUUUAAAAAACUUGCUUUAAAUGUGCAGAUGGGGGCCUUAGAAACUUCCUCAUCCUAAUAUGAGCCCCUAUAAUCCAAGAAAAUAUGGAGGGCACCAGGAUGGCAAAAGCUGCUCUACAAUAUCUGUGUUAUUUUAACCAGGUUCUGAUUUGUCUUCCAACAGCAUAGAGAGGAGAGCUGUUAAGUGCUGGAAGCAGAGCCUUUACGGUGGCUGUGGAAAUCCCCCUGAAAUGAGAAUUUCCGCUUCUUUAGUCACCUGCAGAAAUGCCUGCAGGGUGCGGCCUUCCCCUCUGGCUUUUGGAGAGGCAGUUUAAGUAUAGCUAGAACAAUUCAGAAGGCCAUUAAUCCCUAUCCCCCACUGCAAACAAGUCUAAGGAUGGGUAAAUGAAAUAAACAUAUGUUACUCCCCACUUAACUCCUUCCUGCUGUUUCCUGAGUGCCACACUUUUGUUUGUAAUGUCCCCGGGGCAGAGACCUGCCCUCUUAUGCUUUGCAAAACCCCAUGAAUGUGCCAAAGUGUUGUAGGGGUUUGCAUGUGGGACUAGAGCCCCGCAGAGACCAGGGUUCAAAUCUCUCACUCAGCCACAAAGCUGGACAAGUGGUUUUGGGCCAAGUCAUCCACCCAACUCUCAUCCUGACCUACCUCCCAGGGUUGUUGCGAGGAAAGCAAAGCAAAGGGAAGAGAGACAUCUUACACCCAGCCUGAGCUCCUGAAGAAAUAACCACCAUAUUAGUUUAGCUUUGUUUUUAUGAUUUUGUUCCUCAAAAAAAAUAAAAAAAAUCACUGUAUUUUUGCUUGCCUCUUUUGAGGGAAAGGAGCAGAAAGCUAUGACGUACACAAAAAAUGUCAGGGUUUCCAAGGUUUCGUGGGCUUAAAAAAAAAAAAGAAAAAGGCUAUACUUCGAAAAUUCCUGCAGCUCCCCCGCAAAAAAAAGAGGAAUUUGGAAGGCAAGGCAGGUGCUUGAACUCCCUGGAGCAAAUGCAGGAGUCAGUGUGGUGCAGUGGUUCGAGUGUCGGACUAGGACCUGGGUUCAAAUCCUGUCGCGACCUCCCUCACAGGGUUGUUGUGGGGAUCAAUUGUGGGGAUCAAUUGAGGAGAGGGAGAGCCAUGCGCGCCACCUUGGAGAAAAAGGCGGAGUGUGAAUGCAACCAAUCAAUAAAGAUCACAAAGAGUUGAAGGAUCCGAUCCCGCGGCUGCAAAGCGCCAGCCAGUUCCCGCUUCGGUCGGGUUAAGGGAACAAGCGAAAUCGAAACCGGAGGUGGAAGCAGCGGCCGGACAGUCUCUGCGCGUCGAGGAGCCGUGAGUCAGUCCGUCGGCCGCCCGGCUGGUCUCGGGAUUGCAGGCGGAGCUCCGCCUCCUCCUCCGCCGGGCUUUCCCCCGUCACGGCGGGGACUGCUCCGCCAGUGGCUCCGGGUGCGAGUUCGGAGAGAGGUGGCCGUCCUGCCCGGCUCCGGCUGCUGCUGCCUUCCUUGCUCCCGGGGCGCCAACUCCGCAAAGGCGCUGGAGGCGAAGCUGGCUGCGCGGGACGCGACGCCGGGAAGCGGGGCAGAGACCGACGCCCGCCCCGUCGGAGAGCCCCCUCGGAGAGCCGAGGGAGAGAAAGCAAGUAAGCAUCGGGGCCACCCACCCAAAGAACGACGGCUGCUGCUGCUGCGCAUUUUUGCUGAAAGGUUCCCCGUCGCCCCGAGUUCCGCUUUCCGAAUUUUCCAUAUCGAAAUCAAAUUAACCUGUUGCCUGUCCUGAGCUUCCGAUACAUAGCGAGAUAUAUAGUGCUUUAUAGACAUCUCCCAUUCAGUUUUAAUAUGAAAAGGGACCUGCGUUUUAAACUUCCGCAGCAGCUGCGUGGUGAUAGGAAGAAGGGGCACUUUCUCUUCCCAUUUUACAGCUGGGAAACUGAGGCUGAGAGUGACUUGUCCGCGGGAUAUCAUGCCGAAUAGCAUUGGGGUGAUCCCUCUUCAUUAAGAGGGCGUAUUUAUUAAGGAGAUGAACCUAUGAUGACAACAUCCCAUUCCCAAGUGCUGUGAUGCUUUAAAAAGCUUAUAUAGACUUGGGCUGCAAUCCUGUACACACUUAACCUGGGAGCAAGCCCUAUUGAACUCAAUGGGCUCACUUCUGUGUAAGGCCAAUUCCUUUUACCCAGAGUGCCACAGCCCCAUUCCAGCGACAUGAUAUUCAGAUAAUUUUCCUUUGGAGAUAAUGGGGUUUCCGACCUUAAAUUAACCAAGCUGUAAUUCUGUGCACCUUAUAUCUGGGUGUAAGUUCCUAUUGAGCUCAGUGGGGCUUGCUUCUGAGCAGACGUGCAUGGGAUUGCAGCUUCAAGUGGUUUUUAAUUGGUAAUGUGAAUCUGGAAACUGUCUUGGCCAGAAGGCAAACUUGCAUUACAAAUGCCUCUUCAGUCUUUUGCAUUGACAGCCCAUCAGAUAUUCACAGUGCUAGUGCGAGGGGAUCUCAGCUGUGAUUUCAUCCAUCCCUGCAGAGGAAAUGAAUGCAAGUGUGUUUGGGAAGUCCCCAUUCAAAGCUCCCCUCUGGCGGUAAGCCUCUGGCGUGCAGCCUCAGACCCUCCCAUGACAGCUAGAGGAAUAAUAAGUCUGAUCUGCCUUAUAGCAUUGUUGUAAGGAAUGGUAUGUGUGAAGUGUUUUGGGUACUCUAGAGAACUGCUAAGUACUGUUAAAUUUGUUUAGGGUCAGAGUGUUCAAAGCUUUUAUAUAAACCCUGCACAAAUAGUCCCUAGUAAAUCAGUUUGUACCUGUAAAAUGGAGUGUGUUUGUCUAUAUAAAACAGUUUGUGUUUUUUUUUAAUAGAUCAGUUAUUGCAUUUUGAAAUGCAAAAAAUAAAAAUAAAAUAAAGGCAUUUGGCACCUGAAUGAGUCCUCAUCCCACUGCAAAAAAGGAAACGCUUUCAAUAUAUCUGGGGCUAGUGAAGAAACUGAACAUAGAAAGUAUUUGCGAUUUUAAAAGUAGCAGCUGCUCAGGUUAAGUGCGAUUGAGAUAGAAGGUCUUUAUCCAUGCAGGUUAUUGUGUCAGGACAUUUUCCUGCAGCUCCUGUACCCAAAUCCCUUUGUCUUAAAGCCUUAAACCAUUGAAACUUAUCUUAAGAGUGCAAUGCCAUUCAGUGCUAGUCCUACUCAGAGUAGAUCCACUGAAAUGAUGAAGCCUAAGUUAGCAAUGUCCAUAGACGUCAGUGGGUCAACCCGGAGUAGGAGUAGUGUUUCCCUAUUGCCCAUUGUUACAUCAAACAUGCCAGUGGAUCAUUAUUUAAAAUAAGUCAGCUUGGUACCAUUUGCCGAAUGGUUGGAGCCAGAUUAAAUGAGUUUAACUUGAAAUCAGUGGGAUAAGUUAGUUAUGGCUUAACUUAGCUCCUACUGAAAUCAACGGGCCUCAAAGUACAUGCAGCUAACUUAAGUCUGGAUCUGACCCUAUGAGCUUGGUGAUGAUGUCAUUGACGUAUGCUAAUAAUGUAAGCAAAAAGGAAUGUUUUCCUGCCCUGAGGAGGCUGCAGUAUUUCAAUAGUGGGAGAGAUGACAGGUGAGAACUAAGGGGUUAAGCCAGAGGUUUUGUGGGAAAGAAAGGAAGGUCUGGAGGAAGAAAGAGAAUGUUUUGGACUAAAACUCCCAUCAGCCCCAGCAAACAUGGUCACCCAUUGUCAGGAAUUUUGGGAGCUGCGGUUCAUAACGGUAUGGUAUAGUGGUUAGUGUGUUGGACCUUUGGCCAGUCACUGACUCUCAGCCUAACCUACCUCAGAGGGCUGUUGUGAAGAUAAAAUAGAGAGCGGGGGAAACCAUGUAUACCACCGUGAGCUCCUUUGGAGGUGGGAUAUAAAUCUGACGAUUAAAAUAGCAACAGUAACAUAUUCUGGCCAUUCCUGACUUUGGGGUUUUGAAAGAAGAAGAUGCCAAAAUUGGGUUAAAUUCAAACAUGCUUAUACUUAGAGAAGACCCCUUGAAGUCAGUGGGGUUUCAGUUAGCCUUCACUAAAAUCAACCCAUUGUUUGUAUGUUAACACUAUGGAUGGAGACUAGCAAGCAAAAGAAAUGUGAUUAGCGCGUGUCGUGUCACUUGGGCAGUUGUGGAGCACGUAAAAAAGUAGUAUGCAGAAGUUGCCACAGUUCCUUUUUCUACUUUUCAUUGUUGCUGGGCUCUCCCGGCGCGAGAUGUUGCAUCAUCUCGUGCGAAGGGGCAGCCGUGAGCAGAAGCAGUGGUUCUCCUGAGUGAACAUGAAAGUGAAAGGGAGCCUUCUUGAUUUCAUUGGGUCACCCCCUGAGGAAAUUUCACUGGGGAUUUCUCUGCUUUUUCUCUUAAGACUUACAGGAGGGUGGCAAAUGGUGUCUAGGCUUGGUGCCUCUGCCUUUUGAAGAGAGCUCAGUGAUAGGACAUGCGUUUUGUGUGCAGAAGGUCCCUGGGGUCUCCGCUUAAAUGGAGCUGGGAAAGAGGCCCCUGUCAGGAUCAACCAAAGCUUUGCCCUUCAGAUGUUGCUAUACUACAACUCCCAUCAUCCCUGAGCAUUCGGACUGAUAGGUGUUGUAGUCCAUCAACACUAUAUUGGCUCUCCCUAGCACCACUUUGGGGGUUUUGAGAGCUGCUUAACCACCAAGAGCAGAGGGGCAGUGCUAGGCAAGAUGGCCAACAUCUUCUGCCUUUGUUCACAUGCCCAGCUUGGAAACACGACUGGCAUCCCCUGAAAGCCACUGCCUUCCCCUUUGGGGUGGAGAGGGUGAAAAUAUGCUGCCAACCGCAGUUCCCAGUGUCAUGUCUGUCUGGAUGCUCCCGACCUGACUCACCUGCAGUCUGUUUUGUUUACCUGAUAGCAGCACGUUGCAUGAAUCAGAUUUGUGGAGAGAAAUGUAGUAAGCAGGGGAAAGGAAACAGGCCCGCCUCAAAAUUAGGUCAUGUUUCUGCCCAAUGGGGACACGGGCAGGUGUCUUUGUCCCAGAUAAAGGAAUGCUUGCUUACGCCUCCUCUUAAUAGCUUUGCUGGUCAGCUACUCCAGAGUUAUCUGGAAUGCCACCUUAAUGGGAACCUGCAACGUUUCUAACCCAUCACGUGGGGAGCAUUCCCUGUGUGGCACUUGGGCAAGGUCUUCUUGGCCAAUCCCAAUGUGACAACAAGUGGCUUCCCCUAGCUAGCAUCCCUCCAGGGGACUUAGCACUUUGUCGGUGCAAGAGGCUCAAAGGGUCAGCUGUGCUGCAGGUUGCCUGGAAUAAUCUCUCCGGCCUCCUCCCUAUGUCCUGGCAAAGCUCCUUUCCUGGAAAAUGUGCCACGCACAUUGCCUUGUGGAAAGAUUGCCUUGUGAAUUUCUUUAGUGGUGUUGCUUCAGAGUCUGCGUGGGACCAUCAUCACUGCUAGAAAUGGGAAACAACAGCCACAGGCCUUUCCCCACCAAGAAAAUUAAAAUCCGGUCCUGAUACAACCUAGAUACAGAGCAAAAGUGCCUUGAAGGGGUAUGUACACUGGAAGAUGGGAGAGUCAGGGGCUCUCCAGAUGUUGCUAGACUACAAUUCCCAUCAUCCCUGACCAUUUGCUGUGCUAGCCGGGGCUGAUGGGAGUUGGAGUCCAGCAACACCUGGAGGGUCACAUGUUUCCUACCCUUGUGUGACUCUGCUGAUUUAAACUGCUUUACCUAGUCAUUCCCUUUCCUCAGGGAAUUCUGGGAUUUGUAGUUUUGUGCAUUCAGGUAGGUAGCCGUGUUGGUUUAACGCAGUCGAAAUAAAAAAUUUAAAAAUAAGUCCAGUAGCACCUUAGAGACCAACUAAGUUUGAUCUAGGUAUAAGCUUUCGUGUGCAUCUGAAGAAGUGUGCAUGCACACGAAAGCUUAUACCUAGAACAAACUUAGUUGCUCUCUAAGGUGCUACUGGACUAUUUUUUAACUUUUUAUUAGUUUUGUGCAGUGAGGCUAAGGAGCUCAGGAACCGCAGUUCCAAAUAUUUACAAGGCGUGCAUGUGUGUGUUCAAAGAGUCCAUUAAUUAUCACCCUAUGAAGAUAAAGGGAAAGGGUGUUUGGGAUAUUUAGGGGUUCUUGAAGACAGGGUGGAGUAUCUAAUUCACUCAAAGGGGAUGGCUGUUUUAGGUCAUCUUUUGAUGAGAGGGGCGUGGUCCACCAUGCCAGGUUUCACUGCCAGUCUCACCACAAGGUUGUUGAUCUGAAAUUGCUGAAUCUACAAUGCAGAGUAUUCCAGAUCUUCCAGAGCUGGUUUAAUGUGUGAAUAGAACGAAGGGGCAGAUUCAUGCAACUUUUGUAUCCACUGUUGGAUGAUUCAUUGUAUUGUUGUUUUAGGCAAUCCAUGCAUAAUAGUAUAUGCUCUAGAAUUCCAUAUAAAUUUGGCAAGCCCCAAAACUCAUGUUUCCCAGGGUUGUGUGGGCAUGCGAUUCUGAUAAAGGUUGAAUUCUUCUUGUGAUGUUGUUCUACCUGAAACUCCACUGUGCUCUGCAAAAUCAGCUGGGGUUUUUUUGGGAAAAAAUCACUUGGGUGGCUCCAUCCUAAGCGCUGUUUGCAGUGCUAGAAUCUUGUCUAUGGCUGGAGAUGUAUAGGGAACCUUUAUGCAAACACUGAUUGUGGGAACCUGUGUCAGGAGUGUAUGUUAGUCAAGCGCUUGAGUUGCUGUUUUGUACCGUAGAUCGGGAUAUGCAGUGUGGUGCCCUCCAGAUAUUGUGCACUACAACUCCCGUCAUUCCUGAUGGUUGGCUAUGUUGGUUGGGGCUGAUGGAAGUUGUAGUCCAAUUGCUACACAAACUGCAGCAAUUGUAGAUCUCUUGGCUGUAAGAAAGUGUGUCAAAUGAUCAGUUGUAUCAUUUUGUGAGAGUUUCUUUCGGAAUUCAGGAAUUUAUGAGCUUUUCCUGCCUGUUAGGAAUACAUAUUUUUCUUUUUCAGAGGACAGGGCAUAUAUGCCCUAAAUACUAUAGUGCUGAAGGUUUUGUAUUAAAAAGGCCUACUUAAUGAAUGCACUUGAAGUCAAAUAUGGUGUCAAGUGUGGGGCAGGUAAAAACUUGGCUCUGCUGGAAGGUGAAGCCGCACCAACCUGGUGACCAGCAAAGUGUUGCCUAAGAUACCGCUUUGAAAGAAAGUCAUGAAGAUCAGCUGACUGUCGGGUCCUCAGAAGCCCCUUCCAGUGCCCUGUCUUGCACAGUGCUUUGGAAGGGCAAAAAAGGACAGCUGAUGUCAUUGUGAUGUCAGGUGAUUGGCAGGUGGAUGGCUGCUUACUCACCUGUUGAACCUUGACAGAUGGGGGAGAUAACAAUCUCACCUGCUGGCCAGAUGCUUUCCCCCUCCCAUGCUGUGCUAGAGAUUUAGUCUGCCAGUGUGAAACUUCGCUUCCGGGACCAGUGAUCCAAACUGUAAAAGGAGAAAAAUAAAUAAAAUGAAACCCAUGUGAAAAACCCAGGGCUUUCCAUCCUUGGAAUACUGGGUGGAAGCAACUACUUGGGACGGGGGUAAAGGGAGGUAUCUAUUUACUGAAUUGGAAAGCAUUGUUGUGGAAGAAUCCCCUUUGCAAGAGCUCAAUCUACUUUCCUAUACCAUCAUGGAAACAAUUAUAUCUUUUUAAAAGAACACUGAUAAGCCUCACAAUACAGCCAUUUGAGUGUAGGCAGCAGGAAACCUAGGAGAUGUUGGCCCUGGCAAUCUAAAAAGAACAACAACAUUAAGAUGGGGACACUUCUGGCUGUUUCUGGUAAAAAGACAAAAGUAUCCUAUCUCAUGGUCUGUUUCAAAAUAAUAUAAGAUGGGUCAAAUCACACUCUUCAGCUAGUGAGUGGCUCUCCCUUUCCCCAGUUCAUAUUAUGGCUGUGGACCAGCAUGUUCAGCCCGGCCUCUUCUCCUUUCUUUUAAUUUCAUACUGGAGGAUUGCAAUCUGCAGAUGGCCCUGAUCCUUUUUGCAAAGUUGCUGCAAGGUCCGCAGCCUCCUGACGUGGUCCUUUAACAUAGAUCCCGAUGGGUGUGUUUUCCACGUACCCUGUUUGAAAACAUUUGCCAGAAGGCUUCCACAGCUAUGUUCUGAGAAGGAUGAAGAUAAGGAUCUUGGCCAAGGAUGAUAACUAAGCAUGCCACUCUGACGAGGCACGCAGGGCUGCCUGACGGCUGCAGCAGAUCAGGUGUCACCCGUCCAACCUUUGAUCUCUCUGUGUCACUGUCCAGUUCUUCCUUCUUGUCAUAUGUAGACACUAGCGGCUUGUGUUCAGCAAGCCAGGUGAGUCAAGAGGCACUUGUCUUCAUCUAGAAGAAAGGUAGGCAUACUUUUUGCAUUGUAUUUGAAAGUGAUGGGUAGUCAGGGUGAAAUUUAGACCGCUUUCAAAGGACGGUCCAUCUCCAGUCCUGUCUGAGAUGGUCCGAUCAUCUUAAAAGCAUGAGAAAAUAUAGCAAGCCUGCUGGAUCAGGCCCACUGAGUCCAGCAUCCUGUUGCUACUAGGUGGUCAGAGGAAGCAAGGCUUCUGAAUCCCAUUUGCUGGAAACCACAGGAGGAGAGAGUUCUCUUGUGUUCAUGUUCUGCUCCUUGGUUUCCCACAGGCAUCUGGUUGGUCAUGGUGAGAGCAGGAUGCUGGACUAGAUGGGUGAUUGGCCUGCUCCAGCAGACUCCUCUUACAUGCUUAUGUGGGAAUGCCUGUGAGCUGGACAUGGGUGCAACUGUACUCUGCUCACCUGUGAUUCCCAGCAGCUGGUAUUCAGAGCCACGGUGCAUCUUACAGAGGAGGUAGAACAUAGUCAUUGGGCCCAGGGCUGGGCAAUAUAUUGAUAUAUGGUCCAAAACCGGUUUGAAGUCCAUAUCGUGAUAUCGGUUUCAUCGGUUUCGACUUGGCAAUAUAUCGCAAAUCACGAUGCGUGUUAGGGCUAUGCGAUCUAUCAUCCAAAACUGGUUGAAAGUCCAUAUCAUGAUACCGUGGUACCUCGGGUUAAGUACUUAAUUCAUUCCGGUGGUCCAUACUUAACCUGAAACUGUUCUUAACCUGAAGCACCACUUUAGCUAAUGGGGCCUCCUGCCGCUACCGCGCCGCCAAAGCAUUAUUUCAGUUCUCAUCCUGAAGCAAAGUUCUUAACCUGAAGCACUAUUUCUGGGUUGUCUUCAUUUCUGGGUUAGCGGAGUCUGUAACCUGAAGCGUAUGUAACCUGAAGGGUAUGUAACCCGAGGUACCACUGUAUUGGUUUCAUAAUUUCAUAAUUUCUAGCUUGGUGGUUUCAUAAUUUCUGGCUUGGCGGUGUAUUGUGAAUCAUGACACGUGUGUGUGUGCGCGCACGCACUAUGCAAAAAUCACAAUGUGGGAAAAACCGUGAAGCCAGACAAUGCCUCUACAUAGCUCCAUCCUUAUGGUGAUAUAUCAGUAUAUUGUGAUGUUUGGCUGGUGAUAUAUCACAAAGUUGCAAAUCAGAUAUCACUCAGCCCUCAUCGUGGCUAGUAGACGUUAACAGCCUAUUCUUCCACAAAACUUAGCAUGUGUCAUCUUUCAGACAGGAAACACCCCCCACCCUUUUCUCAGGACUUCUCUGUUUCUUCCUAUGAGUUCAGGGCCAAAUCAUCUAAUGAGAAUGAGGCUCUUCUCCAGUGGUGUGUGCUAUUCCUUAGAAGUUCUGUGUUGCCUAAACAAAAACAAAGGGGAUACGUUCCUCUUUGCCUCUGUGCAAAAGGUGCUAAAAGGUAGUCUGGCUUGACUUGUGCUUUUUAAUAAAACACCAGAGGGUAAAUAUGCUUCUGAAGCCAAAAAAUUUGCUCAAGCCCCAGUUUCCUUCUUACCAAUGUCUAUGGCGAUAUGUUAUGUGUUGGGGAAUUUCCAGUCACCUGAUGGUCUAAAAUAAUGCAAUCCUUGUUUUUCCAGGUUUUUAAGGAGUGUGUUGUGAAUAGGAAGGUUCCUUCUGAUUGUGGACUGGAAAGUGCUUUUAGUUGGCAUGUCAGUUUUGGAUUCCUGUAAGUUCCCCUCCCCAAUCCUCUUACUGAAACUAUGUCAAGAAUCACGUAGAAAACAAAACAGCAACAAGCUGGAAGCAAAACAAUGGGAGGGGUGCCAUUUCAACUGAUCACACUAUAGUUGCAGAAUGUUUUUGGUAGCUUCCUGUAAUGUGGAGUCUUGCAGGGUUUUUUUUUUUUUCUUUUUAAUGUUGCACCACAUAUUGCUGGAAUGCAAAAAAAAAUUAGAAAGACAAAUUGCAUAAUGAUUAUCCUGUUACAGCCAUUGCAGCACAUUCUUUGAUUGUCCUGGUGGGGAAAGUGACUUUGGUCACAGCUAGGGACACAAUCCAGAGUGAGCUCCAGCCUGGGUUUCCUUGUAAUGCAUAGGAAGGAUUGUGAUACCUCUCAGAUUCCAGAUCUUUACUCCAAACGGUAGCACUUCUGCUGAUGGGAUAUUGCAUAUUCUCAGCCCAAAGCAGACUCUCUCACUCUCUGUUUUCUUUUAAACUGGGAAAUCGUUAUGCUUCCACCAGAUAUCACGGACAUAGGCAAUAUGGCUGUGGUGCAUGGAUUGCAGCAGCUGGAAUGUGAUGGCAUGGACACUCAUUGGCUAGUUUCUGUGAUGUGAUGAACCACACCUGCCACACAGCCUGUGUAAUUCUUAUGCAUUUCCCACAUCAAUUUCUUUGCUGGAUGAGUGCUCCUCUCAUCAAAUGCAUUUAAAAGGGGGGAAAGGGGGGCAUGGGAUCUAGGCAGGUUUCAACCAAUGAGUGAAGGAGGUGGCCUGGGGCUUCCCCAGCCUGCAGCAUUUCCCUGGUAGAUUCCCCACCCCCCACUGCUAAACUUGAGCAGCCACUGUCACAGGCAGCCCAUACACUCUUCUCUAGUACAUAUAGGGCCAAAAUCACCUUUUCGAUGCCUGCUGGAAGGUGCAGGGGUGGGGAAAAGGGCAGGACAGAGUCUCCUCCAGCAGGCGGCUGCAGCAGAAGGUAUGACUUCUCUUUCAGAAGGAGGAGGGCAGCUGAAGGGAAGGCCCCACAGCAGGGGCCAUCCCAUGCUGUCCAGAAUUACACCAGAGAUAUGGAACUCCCACCACCUCUGACCAUUGGCCAGACUUCCUGAGGCUGAUGGGAGUUGAAGUCCAGCAACCUCUGGCAGCCUACAGGUCCACCAGCCUUCAAGCACACAGUGAUAUCCCUCCUCCCCUGUACUUGUAAGCCUAGUCAGCAAAGUGUGCACCUCAACUCCACUGACCCGAGCCCAUUGCAGUCGCUGCUGCAGGCUUGGAUCCUUAGCUCUCUUCCAAUCUGUUGUGUCGGAGAGCACUGCCUUCCCAUCACAUUAAUCCAAAAGGGCCCUGUGGCCUUCAGAUGUUGUUGGAGUCCAAACCCCAGCAGCAUAGCCAAGGGUCAGGGAUGUUGGGCAUUGGUCAGGCAACCUCUGGAGGGCCACAGAUUCCCCAUCCUUACAGCAGUAUCAGUACAAAUCUCCUUUUGACCGUCCUCUGAAAAAGACCAUGUUAAGUCCCAUUGAUUUCAGGGGUGAUUAAUGCACAGUUAACAUGCAAGUCCGGUGGGACUUAAAAACAUGUGUAACCUUGGCCCACUGUAAGAAUCCCUUAUGGCCAUCUGCCAACUUGCCCAGUUGCUUUAACUGGGGCUUGCAAUCUGAUCCUAUACAUGUUUCUUUGAAAGUAGGCCUUGGUGAGUUCAAUGAACUUGCUUCCUAGUAAGGUCACAGCCGCUCCAUACAUUCUAAUCUCAUAUAAAACAUGUGGCUUUCUGCAGAGAAUCCUGGGGGCGGUAAUUUGCUAAGGCCAUUGGGUACUGUAGCUCUGUGAGGAAUAAACUACAGUUCCCAUGAUUCAUUGGGAGAAACCAUGUGCUUUAAAUGUGUGUUACAUGUGUAGCAUGGAUGUGACCUAAAUAUAUAUAGGAUCCCUGCCUUAUGCCUGUUUAACUACGCAAGGUUAUGGUCUAAAAUAUGUAGACUCCAUAGGCUUCUUCUCCCCCUUCAGUGUUAAGAUAUGCGUGUUCUAACUGCAGGUGCCCAAUAACUUCCUAUGUUGAAAUCAUUUCGCUUUCUUCUUUAACUAACUGUGAAAUCUUAUUCUGCUCUUUCUUUGUGUGUGGUUUGCAGGUAGGAUAAGGGGAAGAGGGAACACCGUGAUGGAGUAUAUGAGCACUGACAGUGACCAUAAGCAGGAGAUUGACUUAUUGCUAACAGACUUAAAUAUGUCUGAAGUGAUCGACAUCAUGGAGAACCUUUACCCAAAUGGAGACCUUGCCGUUUACGAAGACAGCCUGCUUGCCCUGUGUCCGGAGACGAACAAGAACGAGGAGCGCGCAGAAUCCUUACUGUUCAGCGGAAGGGAAGUUUCAGUGUUGUCGUCCGUCAAGUAUGGGACCGUGGAAGACUUGCUGGCUUUUGCAAACCAAGUGUCCAACACUGCCAAGCAGUUUUGCCGGCCCAGAAGACAAGAGUCUGGAAUCAUAUUAAAUAUGGUACGUUCUUUUCUUUGAAAUGCCCGUCUGCCAUUGGCCUGUGCUUGAUUCAGAGGCAGUAAGCCUAUGGCUAGCAGUUGCUUGGGAGUCACAAAUGGGGAGGAUGCUGUUGCUUAUGGGAAGCCCCAGAGAAGAAAAUGAGUGUGUCUGGUUGGCCACUGUGGGAACAGGAUCCUGGACCAGCUGGGCCUGAUCCAGCGGGCUCCUCUUGUCCUCCAGUCGCUGUUGAAGGCCUUGGGAUGUGCUGGUAAAAAAAGGGCUUAAAGUUAGGGUCUCCAAGAUAGACUCCGGUUUGUGGAUUGGAUGACCUAGAUGCACAAAAUGCAACACGCAUAGACUAAAAUCAUAGCAAGCUCCUUGAUACAGAGUCAGAUCACUAGUCCAUCUCGCAGCAGGUUUCAGACAGGACUCAGGGCUUUUGUCUGCAAAGCAUGUCCAGAAACUAUAGCUCUUCCCCAAACCUUGUCAGUUAUUGGAAUUUACUGAGGAAAUGGACCACACAGUUUUGAUUUUUUUUCAUGUGUAAGCUGCGUACAAACAUUACAGCCCUACCUAGGGAUAGAGUCCAUGUGCCAAGUGUCUGGUAGGGAGAACAGGUGCGAUCGCACUCCCCUCCAUGAGAUGAACUGGAUUGGGGGACAAGUAUCCCCCGAUCUGUUUCAUGCUUCAAGCUGCAAUAGAAAUUGACAAUAUUUUCCAAUUGCAUACCCAGAUCUUAAUCCUAUAAUAGAGAUGAAGCCUUAUUAAACAACUGAAAGAACAUUGCUGUGAGCUUGGGCAGUCAGAUAGAACUGGAUGGGUCUUCCCAGCUGUUUUGGAAUAUUUUUUUAUUGCCUUCUUUGCAAUAUGGACAGUGUGACUUUCUGUCAACAGCUCUGACUCUCGUGAACCAAGCCUGCCCACCCAAGGGGAUGGGAGGGUAUCCUGACGCAAUGACAGUUUCAUGGCUCUUGAAGUUGCAUAGUGCAGAGGAGCUGGGAGACAGAAAUGUUGUGCAGAAGGCAGCUGCUGCAGCAGAGCUAAGGUGCUAAAGCCCCUGUGUUAGAUCCUGCAAACAGCUUGGCUUUAAAAUGCAUAUUGCGGUUUGAAUAUGGUGUCAUCAAUUGAUUAAUUAAUAUGUCUUGGUUGCCUGGAUAGAGGAUGGUGAUGUUUGCAUGUGUGCAGAAGCUAGCCCACUGCAAAUGGGUAGAAUUUUAAUAAUAAUAAUAAUAAUAAUAAUAAUAAUAAUAAUAAUAAUUUUAUCAUUUCUACCCUGCCCAUCUGGCUGGGUUUUCCCAGCCACUCUGGGCAGCUUUCAACAGAACAUUAAAAACAGAAUAAAUCAUCAAGCAUUAAAAACUUCCCUAAACAGGGCUGCCUUCAGAUGUCUUCUAAACGUCAGAUAGUUGUUUGUUUCUUUGACAUCUGAUGGGAGGGCGUUCCACAGGGCGGGCGCCACUACUGAGAAGGCCCUCUGCCUGGUUCCCUGUAACCUCACUUCUCGCAGUGAGGGAACUGCCAGAAUGCCCUCGGAGCUGGACCCCAGUGUAUGGGCAGAACAAUGGGGGUGGAGACAUUCCUUCAGGUAUAUCCGUUGCUUUGCCCACUUUGACCUCUUGGUCCUGCACCCCCGGCAAGGUCCCCCAAGAAAGGAAUGUGGCGCCAGGCUCAAAAAGCUUCCCCACCUCUGAUCUAAACAAACAGCUGACUAAAUGUUGCAGCCCUACUUUUAAUUGUGAGAAGCUCAAAAUCUCGCCUUGCGCUGUUUGAGAACCUUGCAUACAUAGCGCUUUUGCCGGCCAGCUGUGCUUGUGGUUUCAAAGUACCAUUCAAACCUGCAUGACGCAAUGAGGCUUUAUAUCUCUCUGCUUAUCUUCUCUGAAUAUUUCGGAAAAGUGCUUCUUUCCCGCUCCCCUGUACCGCCUUUGAGGGUAGGAAGUGUCAAAAACUGUUUGCUUACCUUCUCUAACCAAACCCACAGCUUUGUGGAGCAAGAGGCGGGCAGGUUCCAGGAAUGAACAAACAAAUCAGCAGAUGGACUCAUUACGCAAAUCCCUCAGCCAGGUUGCUGUUGCCAGAGAGUAAGGUGCAACUGAGUCUUUAUGGGAGGCUAAUCGCUCACUGGAAUUAUAAAUAUUUCCAGAGCAAACUGAAUACUUCACGUGCCGUUCCCAUUUGAUUGGUCUACAUAAAGGCUGCUCCUUCCUUUGCGCCACAAGGCUUCUUUGUACUGCGAAGAAGAAAUCAGGCAAAGUUAGGUUCCCAGAAUGUGAAGGCUUCUCACUCGGGGGGUUGGACUAGAUGACCCUUGGGGUCCCUUCCAACUCUUCUAUAAUUCUAUGCUUGGCACACAGAAGGUCCCAAGCUCAACCCCAGGCAACUUCCAUUUAAAAGAUCUCGUGAAGUGUUGUGUGUGCAGGGACAGCGAGGCUGGAGAACCAUGGCAAGAACAGAUAGCGCUGGACAAGGGGGAUCAGUCAGUCUGAUUCUGGGAGGGCAAUACAUAUCUCCAAAAACUAGAUAUAUCUUUCUCUGGUGAGUUUCUCAUGGGGGGGGGGGGAAAUAGCCUCCUUUAAUUUCCCCUCAUCUUAUUAUUUUUUUCUAUAGAUCAGUCCGAAAAAUGGGCGCUAUCAAAUUGACUCCGAUGUGCUCCUGUUUCCAUGGAAGCUAACCUAUAGAAAUAUCGGGACUGACUUUAUUCCACGGGGAGCUUUCGGGAAAGUCUACUUGGCACAAGAUACAGAAACCAAAAAGCGCAUGGCUUGCAAACUGGUAUGUUCCUAGGGUUCCCUUUCCGAGGGUCUGUUAUGUGCUGGGUCUGUACUGAUAUUAGAUGGACUUUCUGCUUUUCAUUUAAUGUAGUGAUAAGUGGGGGGAGGGGGUAUUGUUGCUUUUAGGAUGGAGGAAAUAUCUGUCUAGAUGUCAUUGGUUGUAGCCUGUGCUGAUUCUAGACCCACUGAACUGAAUGAGUGUGGCUAACUUGGGGCCUAUUAAUUUCAGUGGGUCUUCUCUGAGGAGAUAGCACCCAAUAUCUCCAGGGUGCUUAUGGUGCACUCCGAGAUGUGAAUGGAGCUCAGUGCAAGCAAGGUCUUUGCCCUGUUGUCUGACACUUUGGGAUUUGUGCAUUAAGGGGAGGCAUUAAUUGGUGACAAAUGGUGAAGAUAAUUACUGUAUUUUUCGCUCUAUAAGACGCACCAGACCACAAGACGCACCUAGUUUUUGGAAGAGGAAAAAAAGAAAAAAUAUAUUCUGAAUCUCAGAAGCCAGAACAGCAAGAGGGAUCACUGUGCAGUGAAAGCAGCAAUCCCUCUUGCUGUUCUGGCUUGUGGGAUAGCUGCGCAGCCUGCAUUCGCUCCAUAAGACGCACACACAUUUCCCCUUACUUUUUAGGAGGGAAAAGGUGAGUCUUAUAGAGCAAAAAAUACGGUAUUUAGAUGCAUGAUGAUUAUGGGAACCCAAUCUGGGUCUGGUCUGUGCCCACGUUCAAAGGCCUUGUAUAAAUUCCAUGUUUUUACAGUAGCCCUAUCCCGGUGGAUUUCUAUUUUGAGUGCUUUCCUCAGGGCUUGCUCAUAUGUCACCACAAAACAAUUGCUCAAACCAUCAGUCUCCAGUUCUGCUUGCCACCCUCACCCUCAAGCCAAGCAUUCCAUCAACCAGUGGGGAGGCUGAUGAGCGAAGUCCCAUCUGCCUCUUCCAACUCACAGCUGGGACAGGGUGGUGGUAGUGGUCGUUGUCCCUGCAGUUGCGUUGAGAUUUGGGGAUUCUGUGUGGUGAAAAUUUCCAAUCCCUCUCCAGCUGAGGAAGGCUGCAGUAUUCUUUUGGGUAACAAAGGUACUCAAAGCAGCCGCCCAAGUGUUUCAGCCCGGUCCAGCGCCGAGGGCCUUCUGGCGGUUCCCUCACUGCGAGAAGUGAAGUUACAGGGAAGCAGGCAGAGGGCCUUCUCGGUAGUGGCGCCUACCCUGUGGAACAUCCUCUCAUCAGACGUCAAGGAAAUAAACAACUAUCUGACUUUUAGAAGACAUCUGAAGGCAGCCCUGUUUAGGGAAGCUUUCACUGUUUGAUGUUUUAUUAUGCUUUGAAUUCUGUUGGGAGCUGCCCAGAGUGGCUGGGGAAACCCAGCCAGAAGGGUGGGUUAUAAAUUGUUGUUGUUGUUGUUAUUUAUUUCCAAAGCAAGCCCCAUUCUGGCUCCAGGAUGUGGGUGCUGGACAUUAGGCGUGCUCAACACACCUUGUCCACACAGCAGCAAAGCAACCCUCCAUUCAACUCCCUUGCCCUUCCUCAAUUAGUUCACUGUUUCCUGAGCCUUUUGUAUUCCCUACCACCUUCCUUCCCUUUGUAAUAGUAAGCUCAGAGCACUGACACAAUGAUCUCCAGAGCAUUAUGUGUGUCAGUUCAUGAACUGUGGAUCUUUGCUCUUCCUGCUUUACUUAAUCUGCCUCCAUUUUGGCCCCUUAGGUCCCAGUGGAACAGUUCAAGCCAUCGGACGUGGAGAUCCAGGCCUGCUUCCGCCAUGAGAAUAUUGCCGAACUUUACGGAGCCAUCUUGUGGGACGAGACAAUCCACCUCUUCAUGGAGGCAGGAGAAGGAGGCUCUGUCCUGGAAAAGGUGGAAAGCUGUGGGCCUCUAAGAGAAUUCGAGAUCAUUUGGGUGACAAAGCAUAUCCUCAAGGGACUUGAGUUUCUUCACUCGAAGGGAGUUAUACAUCAAGAUAUAAAACGUAGGUUAUAAUUCACUUUUAAACAGUUGUGCCCUCCCCUUACACCAGUUGCACUGUGUAGUGUUUGAAACCUUCAGUUUAGAAGCUGUGGCCCUCGGAAUGUGGUUGGACUCCAGCUCCCAUCAGCCUCUGCGAGUUUGGCCAAUGGUCAGGGAUGAUGGGAGUUGUAGUCUAGCAACAGGAUUAUAGCUUGUCCUUACGUGCAAUACCCAUGAUUUAUAAAUUGGGCUCAAGAUAAUCCUGGAAGUUCCUUAGAAGACCUAUCUGGAGGUUGUCAGUGAGAUUUGUAUGUUUAUCUUAAGUAAAUGUUUAUGCCUAUGAUUUCUGUUCAUUCGAAUGUGGGAGAGUCUGUUGACAGAAUGUUAGAAAUAUAAAGAAAUAAAAGCCGCAGCUGUAAAAAGCAUGCCAAAGCCAAACAGGCAUAAGGAUGACUUCCUACAGUCUGUUCACAAGCCUUCUAAAAUAACCACCAUAAAUGAAGCCCUGUGAUCCUUCUGAGGAAGGCAGGUUUUACAUCUGUUAAUAAGCAGAAUAAUAAAUAGUUCUCCAAUGAACCUCAGUAAGAAGGAUAUACAGAAUGAGGCAGAUGGUCAGUAAUGGCAUUUUAGGAGCAAUUUCCCCCAUGUAAACAGAGUAUCUAGAAUAUGCCUCAGAGGUCACCUACUGUGGUUCUUGGAGCACCUUGGCAGUCAAGCCAAGAUUGGAAGUGGUCCUUACUGCACAGCCCUGGGCACGUCUGUUCAGAAAUAAGUCCCAUGAAAUCCAUGUACAGGAUUGCUGCCUUAAUAUGUGGAAAACCACUACUUUUCCUUUUUAGAAGAUGUGCAUCCUUAUUACUUACUUCUUAACAGGAAAAACAUGUUCCAGAUUCCUUGAUAGUAUUUGCAUGCCGCCUGCUAGCAACAACAAUUUACAAUAACAAUUCACAUUAAAUUCACUUUGAAACUAUAAAACCGUUGAAUGCAGGAUCAGGCUCCAGCAGCAGAGAAAUAAAACCAAUCGAUCAAGCCCCAGGGUAGUGGAGCCAAAAAUUCCGCAGAAGUUUUUGGGAUAAUUGUUUACCCUUAUUUGUUUAUUUUGCUUGUCAUAGCCAAACAGGUUAUGUGGGGGAAGCUCCCUUGAGUUUGUGAUUGCUAUGUUACAAAGGCCAGGAUGCCCAAGGAGGGGGAAAAGCCUUUCUUAUUCUCCUCUACAUCUAUAGCUUUAGGCCAGGAUUUGUACAAAGAGCCUCAUUAAGAGAGGUGUGUCCAGCUGAAAUGCCAUGAAGUCUGGUGUCUUUGGGGACGCCUGUCUCCAAUCUUGCUCAGUUUAUUGCUGUCAAAGGCUUCAGCUUCCAGCCUUUGCCCUGAAGCCUGAAAGCUACACAGGAGCUCCAGUUUGUUUGCCUUUUUUUUAAAAAAAAUGUCCUGCUUCAGGUGUAUUUUUUUUAAAAAAACAUUUCUUGGUUAGCCAGCCUAUGUGGCUGCUUGGACCCCAUCAGUGUCAGAAGGAUAUUUACAGCCCCAGGAAAGGGAAACUAAACCAGACUUCCUCAACCUCAGCCCUCCAGACGUUUUGAGACUAAUAUUCCCAUCAUCCCUGACCACUGGUCCUGCUAGCUAGGGAUCAUGGGAGUUGUAGGCCAAAAACACCUGGAGGGCUGAGGUUGAGGCAGCCUGAACUAAACCAAAAGGAUUUCCCCCUUCCCACAGCCUCUUGUACAUUUACACAUAGGCUCUUGCAAAAUUAUUAUUAAUAAUAAUAUAGGUAGUAGUAGUAAUAAGAAUAGUAAAUAAAAGUGUAGCAUUCUUAGCUAUUAAAGAUACCUAGGGGAUAAUGAUAUUUUGCAUUUAAUUUUAGUAUUCAAAGCCCCUUGCGUACAUUUCCUCAGUAAACCUUACAAGCAACCCUGUAAGGUAGGCCAGUAUUUACUCUUGCCGCAUUGCAGGGGGAUGACAGGGGAACCCACCUUCAAGUUGUUUAGUUCUGCUGGGGAGAAAAAUACAGCGCAUAUUGCCCUCCGUUUUGCUCCCCUGCACCUCAAGCAGAUGUUGAGAGUUCCUCUCCACGUCCCUAACAAUCCCUCGUUUGCUCUCCUUUUGUUUCUAGCCAGCAACAUUGUUUUCAUGUCAACCAAAGCUGUUCUGGUGGACUUCGGUCUGAGCGUUCAAAUGACGGAAGAUGUUUUCUAUCCCAAAGACCUCCGAGGAACAGAGGUAAGAACCAUGUGCAAGAAGGGAGCCUUGCUGCUGUUUCUCUCAUGUCAUUGUAAUGAGAGCUGAAUGAGAAAGAGCUGCCACAAGGGCGGUGGCGGUGGGGUCAUAGUCCCGUUGGAAUAUCUAUUGGGAGCUUGUGCAGAACACUCAGCUGUAUCUCCUUUUUGAUGUGCUGAUGAAAAUGAACAAAUAGUUGAUUUGCACCAUCUAAGUUUAUAGGCAAAAAGUAAUGGUAAAAAAAAAAAAGAGCCUGGAAUGCUUUAGUGAUAACUGAUAGUUUGGGGGGGGGCAGGGAAACUGGACUUUGGUUUAGUUGUAUCCCAUCAUUUCACAGGAAGGUUUCAAUCCUAAUCUGCAGGUUGCAACGCUGGUCUGCAAAUGUAUGUGUGCUGAAGUUUCAGUUGCCCGGCUUACAGCAUUUCUUCUCUAUAACUGUUGGCUCAGUUAAGAUGUAACACCAAACCGUGGUUUGGCACUACAUGAAUGAGCCCUCCUCACUUUGCUCUUUCCCGGGCUCCCGCUGUCUUUUUUUGUUAGCAGGCCUUAGUUUGACAAAUGGUUUUGCCUCCAAGGCGAAAUGGGAAACCCACUUCAAACCCAUCAGCCCUUGCAAGUGUGGCCAGGGAUGAUGGGACCUGUAGUUCAGCAUCAUCUGGAGAACCAAAAUAAUUCCCCCACACCUAUGCUAGAAGAGGGGGUGGGGUGGGGAAAAUAAAACCACUUCCCUGUUGCCCAAUCUUUCUUGCUGUUAAGACUGUCAAGAUUCAAGACUGGAGCUAAUUUUCCCUCUGGGUUCCGUUUGCAGAUUUACAUGAGCCCAGAAGUGAUCCUUUGCCGAGGCCACACUACAAAAGCCGACAUCUAUAGCCUGGGAGCAACAAUCAUCCACAUGCAGACUGGCAUCCCGCCAUGGGUGAAUCGCUAUCCCCGUGCGGCGUACCCCUCCUACCUCUACAUAGUAAGCAUGGACUUUGACUGCCUGGGCACAUCCCCCUUUCUGAUAGCACCUGCCUUAUUUUUAGGCUUGUUGACUUCCUCUAGGCACCUGGUUGGCCACUGCAGGAAACAGGGUACUCCCUUAACUAGCAUAGGAAGCUGCCUUAGAUCAUGUCCGAGUUAUUGGUCCAUCUAGCUCAGAACUGUCCGCUGAGCCUGGCAGCGGCUUUCCAGGGUGUUGGGCAGGGGAAGGUCUCCCCCAUCGCCCGCUACCUGGCUCUUUUGACUGGAGAUGCGAAGGGUUGAUUUUGGGACUUCUCCAUAUGCUCCAUGCGCCCCACCGCUGAGCCUGAUCCAGAAAUGCUCGUUUUGCAAUGCUCUCGAGGGCAAAGCUACAGGCUGAGUCACCCUGAGCAGUUGCCAGGCCCAGAGUGGCAACACAAUGAGCACCACAGAUAGGUAUUUUCCAACCCCACUCGGAAAUCGCACUCGGAAUGAAUUCUCACUGGGACACAAAGCAGGCAUGUGAUGUUUGAGGCCUGAAACCGGAUUUCCAAGUUUCACUUAAAAAAAGCUACAAGAGACUCGGAUUAGAGCAGCAGCUGUUGUGUGUGCUUGUGCGUUCACACUAUUUCCCCAAGCUAUAUAUUUGCCCAUUCCCCUGCUAUUAGCCUCACCAAGCUAUGUGGGUGGAAGGAUACAAAUACCUGUUGUCUCCACAUACCCAGGAGCAGGAUGAGGGGUGGUUUCAUUUGGCAUGGAAGGAAAGAGUUAGAUUCUCACUCAGGACCACUGCUGUGACCCAAACUGGAGCUUGCUCCAUCAGCUACUUAUUAAUAUAUUUCUAAGAAUGCUUGUGUGUCUUCUGUACUGCCCCCGUCCCCAAAGUGUAACAAACCUGCAGGAUCUGGACAGCACUUCAGAUUGCAGGUGGGGGCUUACAUGGUUAAACGCUUGUCAGUCGGCAGGGGAUCCUGCACACAGUAAAAUCGAAAGUUAGAGGAGCGUUUGGGUUAUGAGCUCCCCGCCUGUCGUCUGAAGUGGUACAGCCACAGCAGAGGUUUAGUGCCUCAAUGGAAACGAAGCCCCAGAUGUGCAUUUCCACAGUUGCAUCGCUCACUCCCAAGUCUAUUUUUUCCUUUUCGUUUUGACCUUCUUGCUGUUUGAACUUGGUAAACUUCCAUGGGAUUGUGGAAGUAUGAACAACAAGGGGAAUGAUUCCGUUUGUUUCUCUCUGAUCUGAGUGGGAGGGAGGUGGAAACUGCAAGCUGUGAAGUUCACAGGCAGAAUGUGAACUUGGCAGAGGAACUCUAGGGCGAUGAUCUCAGGCCCCCGUGACUGUCCCAAGGUUUUAGGCCUCGCAAACUGGAGCCAUUGUGUGCAGACGUGGGUUUUUUAGCAGAUUUUCUUCAAGCCAGUAGCUGAGUGGUAGAUCAUCUGCCUUGGAUGCAGAAGUUCCUAGGUUCAGUCCCUAACAUAUCAAGGUGGGGGGGGGGAGAAAAUUCUUGCUUGGAAACCUGGAGAGCUGCUGGCAGUCACUGUAGGCCGUGCUGAGUUGGCAGGUCCCCCUGACCCAAUUCAGUAUAAGGCAGCUCCCUACACUCCUGUGUUUGCAAGGUGACCUUGAUAUCCCAAGCCUCUUCACAGUGCCAACCAGUGUGUCACGUUGCCAGCACACAAACCGAUGUUUGCCGAAACCGAAUCGAUGCUCCAUUUUGGCCUGCAAGCUGGAUCGUCCCCUAGUUGCUCUGUGUUCGUUGGCCAAGAUUGCGGAGCGAGGAUCUCCGACCUUUGGAUGAACUCUAAGCCGGUUUGUUAGGGUUUGCUGUUCCACUGUGAAACUGGCUCUGUUUCCAGCUUUGCCGUGGUUCUCCACGACGGCAGCAGAGUGGCAGUUUUCCAAAGCAUGAGUCAGGGCGAGGAAAUUCCUAGGGCGGUAACCUUAUGAUAGAAAGGAGCCUCUCCGAAGCUGUUUUUCUCUCUCCCUCUUGGUGAGCAUCGUGCUAAAAGCCGCCGGUUUUUCUUCCCUCCCGAUAGAUCCACAAGCAAGCGCCGCCUCUGGAAGACAUUGCUGAGGACUGCAGUGCCGGCAUGAGAAGGUUGCUGGAAGCUUCUCUGGAAAGGAACCCAAACCAAAGACCAUCUGCCACAGAGCUGCUUAAGCACGAGGCCUUGCACCCGCCUCCGGAGGAACAGCCUCGGUGUCAGAGCCUGGACUCAGCACUCUUCGAAAGGAAAAGGCUGAUGACCAGGGAGGACCUGGAGCUGCCAGAAAACAUUGCUGGUACAAAACCAAUCCUACAUCUGCCCUCUGGGUGUGGCUGGACUCCAGCACCCAUCAGCCAGUGGCCAAGGACGAUGGGUAUCAUAGUCCAAUAACCUCUGGUCCCCCAUCCCUGCUCUAACAGAAGGGACAGGGUAUGGGACUGAGCUUGUGCCAGGCAGGAGCGCUUUGUCAGGUCACAGGUCAAGGUAGAAGCGGCAGGUGAAGGGAGUGAGAUGAACAUGGGAGACUGACAUAGACUCUUGUCAGAGUAUUUGUCUGGAGGAGGGAGUGCACAGCUGCUCCUAUCCAAAAGGCUCGACAUUGACCUAUCCCUGCUCUAGUCUUUUCAGGUUGAAGUUUAAGGGCUUGUGGUCAAAGUCUUAGGAUAAGGUCAGGCUAAGGUUCCCGUUCAUUUCAGAAAUCUCAUUAGCUUCCCAGUGGAACGAGGCUUUAGCCUCAGUGCAGCAGAUUCCUGGAAAAUCAGUUCAAUGACAAGCUCACACAAGUCACCCAGGAAGCUCUUGGGGGGGGGGGAAGUAUUUUGGAGCUCCCAGAAUUGUGAAAUACUUUUCUCCAGUAUUUUGAGUACAGUAUUAGGUUUGGUUUUUUGUUUUUGUUUUAAGAAACGGGACGUGUUGAGGGAAAACAACAGCAAUGCAAAUCAGAGUUAAAACAACAUACAAUUUUUUAAAAUGCAAUUUCUCAAAUUUUGUUGGUUUUUUUUAAAAAAAACACCACGAGUAUGGGAUUACCUGCAUCCGACCUUUUCAAACAGCAGUAGGCAAAAUUAUGUCUGACUGUCCAGAGAUGUCCCACCCACAUCCUGCUACUAGACCCUUUCUAAGAUGAUUGCUAAAAUGUACCUUGUGUGGUUGGGGACAAUAUGCUAGCCCUUUAACAGUGCAGUCCCGUGCAUGUUUACUCAGAACUAAGCCCUGCUGUGCUCCAUGGGGGUUGCAACUGUGUACAUGUGUUUAGAAUUGAAGCAGUAACCUUUUAUAUGCCAGCUGUCCCAUCAGUGGAGCACCACUACCUUUUGAGCUUGCAGCAAUAGGUAACUAAGCUGCAGCAAAGGCAGAGCAAGGGUUUGUCAGACAUUUGCAUUAAUGAUGCCUGAUUUUCCUGUGCUGGUUCCCUCUCUGGCAUACAGGAGGUAAACUGCACCAAGAAAUGGGAGGCACAGAUAGAUGGAGAGAGAGAGAUUAGUGCACCAAGAACAGUACUAUUUCAUGCUUUGCACUUCACUUGCUAAGAAAGUUGUCCCCUACGAAUAGGUUUGUAAAAAGGAAACAUCCCUUCUACUCAUUGUAAACUUUACUGAUGCUGCAGAAGAAUUAAACUGAGGACUGGAUGAAUGGCUGUAACCACCUAUUACGGUUCAUCUCCCUUGAGUCUGUGUUUUUUUCUUCUGCAAAGGCUGCUGAUUUUAGUUUUCUCGAAAAGAAGCAUAUUUAGUGAGCUGAAGCAGAUUUGAAAAAUCACCACCAAUUACUCUAAAACGUGUCUUGCAGUAUAAUAUCAUAUGGUGAUCUCUGUCUUUUAAAAUUCUUCCUUGGCAGAUUCUUCAAGUCUUGGGAUUACCGAGGAAUCGGAACUGCUAAAGAGGCAGCGAUCGUUGUACAUAGACAUUGGAGCAUUAGCUGGCUACUUUAACAUUGUCCGGGGAACAACAACGCUAGACUACGAAUAA